AUGGCAAACCUUUUGAACAAAGACCCGUUCGCAUAUCACCAGGAAUAUACGGAGUUUAUACGGGAACUACGCGAAUAUCACACAAAUAGAGGGACUCCGUUCAUUAAAAUACCGCAGAUCGCAGGAAGGGAUGUUGAUUUGUACCUGCUUUACCGUCGGGUGAUCGCUUUGGGAGGUUGGCAAAAGGUUAAUGAUGAACAGAACUGGGAUGAGUUUCUUGAGGAAUUCUAUGUUCCAAAAGGAUGUACAAAUGGUAUUCAAGCUCUCAAACAGAUAUACAUUAGGUUUCUUAAUGAAUAUGAGAAAGUUAAUUUCCUUGGAGAAGAUCCAGACCAUGAAAUUAUGGAUGAUGAUGAAGAUGGUCCAUCUCGCAAAAAGUCUUCCACUCCUCUACACAGUGUUCCACUUACUUACAAAUACAGCCAGCAUAAAGUCUCAGAUAAUAUUCGACAAAGUUCUGGUCUGUCCUGCCAGUUUGUCACAUUCAGUGAUUAUGAGAAGUUGGAAAUGGCUUUACUAUCUGGAUUACCUAAUGAGGUGGACUUUGUUGUCAAUGUGUGUACAUUACUUUCUAAUGAUGGCAAAAGGUCUUUACGUUUGGAUAAAUCAAAACAUUUAUUGGAUCUCCUCCUGGCACAUAUAGGGAUUUUCAAUAAUGGUGAAUAUUCCUUGGAAAGUAUAUAUCAAAGUGGUUGGAAACCACUUUCUAACAGGAAUUUUGUCAAGUUCUGGUAUGAUACAGUUCAUGACAAAGAAGUACGUGAAAUGAUCUCAGAUACACGAGAUGCUUCUCAUUUAAGACAGUGGGUUGGAGAAGAAGUUUUAAAUCUUGGCCGAGAUCUCGGGGUCAAUGAUGUUGAAGGCCAAAGGGUUACACAGAUGGCAAUAAUCGUCAGAAAUUUAUCUUUUGAUGAAGAAAAUAUGCAGGUCUUAGCCUCCAAUAGGAAUGUAUUUAGGUUUCUGUUACUAUGCAUUUAUAGCAAGUAUGGCUCACUUCGACAGAUAGGACUUGAUACACUUGGAAAUUCUGCUUUACAGAUGGUACUUGAAAGUGUUGAUCACCCUGACACACAGUUGAUAUUGCGAUUAGUAUCCAAAUGUUUGUCUUCAAGUGACAAAUGUGAGGUUGUUCGUGGGUUAGAAAUUUUGAGUAAAUUGUGUCAAGUUGAAGAAAAUGAAAGCCUACUGUCUGAACAUCUCGAGAGCAAAGCUUAUGAAGAUAUCUGUAAAUUAUUGACUGUUCAUGACAUUCAGCUGAUUAUCUACACUCUGGAAGCUCUCUAUCAGUUAUCAGAGUUAGGAGAAUCGACUGCAAAUGCAAUUGCUUCAGUCAAGCAUGCUGUUGAUAUUUUGGUGCAGCUAGUCACUGUAGAAGCUCAGUCUUAUGGUCCAAAUUCUUUGAUUGGAAUCAAAGUUGUUGAAUUUGUUCCCCAUCAGUCAGCUGGUGGGACUACUGUUGGACCUCCUGUUCCUCCUCAACCGCCACCACCCUUAGCGAUGAGCAGCAAGGUAAUACCUCCACCUGGCGCUCCACCCAGCCCAGAAAUAGAAACAACAUGUAAUUGGUUACGGGCCAAUAUAGAAUUGAAAGAUGGAAGCUACAUGUCUCACUUGUCAUUGUACACAGACUAUUUAACAUUCUGUAAGAAAUUUUCUUUACCAAACCCAUUGAAUAGCUCUGUGUUGCAUACAUGUGUCAAAGCUGUAUUUCCAAAUGUUGAUGAGAAGAUUAUUGAAAGAAAAGAUGGAAACAAAGAUAUUCAAUUCAGUGGCUUUUCUAAGAGACAAACACCUCUCCCUUUUGCAAUUACUUGGCAAGUUGAUAAACCUCCUAGUAUUCACUCAUCGCAUGGCUUUCAGAGAGCAUCUAACUCUUCUCAGUCGUGUUUAACACAUACUCCAACAUUAAGACAGCGACUUUUGGAACCACCUCUGGUCCCUCUACAACCGGAUUCUUGCCCACCUUUCCCUGCAGGUAGUAGCAGUACUCAUUCAAGUCAAGUUCCUGGUGUUCAACAUGCAACGAUGACUGUAGGGACUAACCCAGUCACUCCUCAUACACCAAAGAGCCACCAUGUCCAGUCCAGUCAACAAAAGCACUGUGCGAAACUUCUCCAAUCCCCAGGAACCCCAUUACGAACCACUUUAGCCAGUCCAUCAGCAUCUGCUCCCUCAACACCUGUAAAUCGUCCACUUGUUGUGUCCUCACUUCCUUCAUUGGUUUCCAGCUCACCUGCUGGUAAGACUGUGUCGGUUCUUCAACAACAGUUAAGAUCACCAAUUGCUCAGCAAUCGUCAAAAUUGCAGGACUCUGCCCUUAGUCCCCAAAAUGCUGCUAGUCCAAACCAGCACUACCCUUGCAUUCAACAUGCUUUGCACAAUGAACAAGACCAGAAUGCAAAUCAAGGCUCCUUAAGGCAGCAGUCAAGACCAAAUAUGCAAGGUAAAAAUAGCAAUAUUUCAUUCCAAGAUAAUGGUGGGACAGCUGGCCGCAAUUCCUCAGACACAAAUCUCAUUAAGUCAUUGCUUGCUAAAAAACUGAACCAAAAUCGAGGAACACAAAACUCGGCUGGACAGCAGUAUCAGUGCCAUGAAUCUCCAGCAUCAAAUGCAACAUCUGUUUGUAAUGCCCCACCUUCGCCAGCUCGUUCAGAUGCAGCUGUAUCUCAAGAUGACUUUCCUAUGUUAGAAACAAAACCUUGCACCAAAGCACCUCUGCAAACUGGAGGUGCAGGUUGGACGCAACAACAGCAGCAGCAGCAGCAGCAUCCCAUUGAUUCUCCUGCGCAGUCUGAUACCAUGGAAUCACAGACAUCUAUUAGUCAAGACUCUCAGUAUACAGAUGACCAAUCAUCAAUGGAGACCAAAGCAACUGAACAAGUAAUUGGGAAGGAGCAAAUGGCACAAGAGGUAAAAUGUGAUGGCUCUUUACAAGAAGAGAGUAUGGAAGUCGAUACCACUUUGCCAAAUUCACAACCAAAAUCUUUAGAAUCUGGUCAGAUAACAUCACAGGAAAGCUUGAAAGAACAGCCUGCUGGAGAUGUUCAAUCAACGACACCAACUACAGAUGGAAAUUUGCCAAUGCAGGCCAAAGAGCCAUCUAGUUCUGUUCCAGUAUCAACAUCUGUACAGAAUUCACAUGUAGAAGAUCAGUCCACUGUAAAGAACACUCCACAGCAAUCCCACUUACAACUAAAUCCUGAUGCUUCCAAGUCGAGUGUUUCCAGUGAACCCAUUGUCAUACAGGCUGCACAACAAUUAGAGCAGCAUCCUCUCGUGGUGCAGCCUUCUUCAAAACUAAACAAUCCGCAACAGAAAUCUGCCGAACUAGUUAUUCAGGUGGGAUCAGAGACAAGCAUGCAGCAACAAGAAGUUGUAAUUCAGCCUGCAACUGACCAGUUGAAUAAUGAAGACUUAGUGAUCCAGGCCCAGCUUCAGGACCAACAAGAUGUGAUGCAGCCGAUGACCUCUCACCAACAAGGUGAGCAGUUUGUCAUUCAGGGCUCUCAAAUACUAAUCCAGCAGCCGCCCACCCAACAACAGCUGUUGAUCCAAGUGCCAGCCCAACCUGCUCAACCCAUUCAACCAGCUCAGCAGCUAGUUAUCCAGACUACACCUCCAGCUCCUGCCCAGCAGACCCAACAGCUGGUUAUUCAAGUACCUCCACAACAGCAGCAAUUUGUGAUACAGGCCCAACAAUCCUCAUCAUCAUCACCUCAAGCACAGCAACAAUUUCAGCAGCAAAUUGUCAUACAUGAUUUGCCUGAAGACUCCUCUCAGGAGAUGACGUCUGAAAACCAGCAGUUUGAAGGCCUGCAGCAGUCCAACUUCUCCCAGCAGUCCCCUGUGCAAUUUGGACAGGAUCAAAUCCAGUUGCUUGGUCAGUCGCAGCUGCCUACUACCUGCAGUCAGUCUGCUGCUACCACUACCACUACGACCACCAAUGCCAAUACUUUAUAUUCUCAGCCACAGAAAUCAGUGUAUCAACCGGUUGAUAACAGCCUACAACAGAAUCAAGUGGUCAUCCAAUAUCAGCCAGUGUCCCAAUCUGGAACAACUGCCUCACUGCCUAUUCUGCCAAAAGUGUCACCUGCCUCUCCAGGUGAAGCAUCCCUAGACAGCAGCUUGUCUCCACAGACUUUGACAAAGUGUGUUUUUCAGUCUCAGGGACCCCUGUUCCCUUCUAGUCAAAAUAUACAACUGGAAAAUUCACAGAAAAGCAAGAAAGGCAGAACUAGUCCAGUUAACAAGAAUACAAGUGUCCACACAUGUCGAGCUAUGGUCAAGUCGACAGUGCCUAAACAGAAACUGACCCAAAGUUCUGAUUCCACUAUACCUCUCACUUCAUCCCCCUGCUCGCCACGGGCGUUUGAACUUGAAGUUUGCGGGGAAGUGGAAUGUGCUAAAGAUAUAGUGAAAGAAGGAGCGGAGGCCAGAAUUGAGCGUGUUGAAAAUAAAUGCCUAAGACUGUUUGAUAGGCCAGUCGAGCCGUCCAAUGUAGAAAAUACAGAGUCUUCACAAGCCCCAGGUGUAGUUGGUAAUGCCAAAGAAUUGCCAGAUUCUUCCAUAUCCCCUAAAGGUGGUACUGGGGGAAAUUUGGACAAGUCUGCUAAAGCUCGAAAAAGAAUUCGCAACAAUACUGGAAGUGUGGAUUCUCGAUGUUCCUCUGCCGGUUCAGAAUUUGUUUGUGAAUGGGCCAAUUGCAAAAGAUGUUUUGAAAGUAGUAAAAGUGUCUACAGUCAUGUGUACAGUGCACAUGUGGUAACAGAAUCUGAUGGCGUUUGUAAAUGGGAAGGCUGUGAAAAAUUAGAACGCAAAAAAUGGUCCCUUGUAACACAUAUACAGGAUCAGCAUUGCUCAGAGGCAGCUUUGCGAGCUGCCAGCCAACGGCGAAUCCAGUCUGCUCAGAUGAAUCUAUCAGGUGCAGUAGCACAUGCAGCGCCACCUACCCAAUCACAACCUCCUCCCCCUCUCCAGGUGAGCCCUGCUGCUGCUUCUGUCAGUGCACCAUGUGUUGCUACCCCAGGCAGUGGUGCGAGUGGUGUUGUUGGGACCGGUGUGGCUGCUGCUGCUGCUCCUGGGACUGCUAAUCUCGUCUAUCCUCCUGAUGCUGCCAUCCAAGCUAUUAGACGAUUCUCUGCAAGGCCACCUUUCCCUGAGUUAAUGCCCACAAAUCAUGUGACAUACCCAGUCCAUUACCAGAGAUAUGAUUUCAAACCAAGAAAUCCAGACUAUAUUUUUAUGGAGAUGCAGUUCAACAAUAACCCAGUAUUCCAGGUGAGUUUUCUCUCCCCAGAUGUCAUCUCACCUACUCUCUCAGUCAGUUGA